UUAUAUUUCUGUUGAAAGCCUAACACUUCUAAUCCUUGCAUUUUCUUUGUAUUUGGAAACAGAAUAAAGCAGUCAGAAAAAUUCAGAAAGUAGAACACAAUGCCUCUCUUUGGUAACACUUUUAGUCCAAAGAAAACGCCACCCAGAAAAUCAGCUUCUCUCUCCAACUUGCACUUGCUGGAUAGAUCAACCCGUGAGAUUGAGCUGGGCCUGGAGUAUGGCACCCCCACCAUGAACCUUGCUGGCCAGAGCCUGAAGUUUGAAAAUGGCCAGUGGGUAGCAGAGUCAGGAAGCUUCACUGGGGAUCGCAGGGAAAUGCAACGCUUGCGCAAACGAAACCAGCAACUAGAAGAAGAGAACAACCUCCUUCGACUGAAAGUGGAUAUUCUGCUCGACAUGCUCUCUGAGACCACAGCUGAGUCCCACCUGAUGGAGAAAGAGCUGGAGGAACUGAAGAAUCACAGCCGGAGGAGGAAGUGAAUGGCUGGAAGAAGAGCAGAUGGCUAAAGGAUGAGAGAGCAAGGAAGCUGACUUUGAAUCUUCAUUGCCUCUGCAUGCAGGAUUCAUGGAGCUAGCUUGGACAACGUAGUUGUGUUGGUACUAUAUAUAUAGUUGUACUAUAUAUAGUUGUGUUGACACUAUAUAUAUAUUUUAUAUAUAUAUAUAUAUAUAGUUGGUACUAUAUGUAGAGAGAGAUAUAUACUUUUUCCCACAGGACAAUGAAUAGCAGUAGAUACUUAAUUGUGUGGUACAGAACUGGUGUUUCAGCACCACAGUAAAUUACGCCACGACGCUAUUAAUGAACACUCAUCUUCUUUCUCAGAGCGGUUUACUGUGUACCUUACUACCUUUCUUCAGCAAUCUAAUUGUAGGUACUGUGUUUUCUGAGAAGACCCUGACAAAAUGCUCCCUCCUCUGUGACUGGUGGGACAGAUUCGCUCUUAAGUGAAUGGAGUUAGUGACUUGGUGUUGCAACUCCUGUGUAAAAGACCCCUGUGCUAUUACCCUCAGUCCCAAAAGAUCUAGACUGAUCCCUCCCUCGCGUCUGUGUUUAAAAAUAGGGGAAACUUUCUCCUCACCCCCAAAGGACGAUCUUUCCCUCUUGAUAUUUUUGUGUGGUUUUGUACAAACUGUUGGUUUGGCUUCUUGCUUUUGGCGAGCAGGAUUCUGAAAUUGUUUGUUCUCAAGGGUAUUUGAUACUUUAUAUAAAAAGUUACAUUAAAAAAUGCAGGUGUUUGCUACGUUG